UUGUGUUUAGCAUUUUUUCGACGAACUUUAUACUGAGACAUAACAAUGGCGAGAUCUGUCCUGCUCUCUCUUGUAUUAUUAGCCAUGGCUGUGAGGAAGAUAGAAUCGUCAUCGGAGACGAUGAAGACCAUAACGUCAGGGUUCCUUAAAGUGCUUGAGGAAUGCAAACAGGAGCUAAACCUCCAAGGGCACGUGAUAAGUGACUUGUACCACUACUGGAAGGAGGACUACUCCCUCCUAAACCGGGAUACUGGCUGUGCCAUCAUCUGCAUGAGUAAGAAGCUGGACCUCAUCGAUUCAAGUGGAAAACUUCACCAUGGAAACACUCAGGAGUUUGCCACUAGGCAUGGCGCUGCAAGCGAUGUAGCCUCAAAGCUAGUUGAAAUCCUCCACGCCUGCGAAAAGACCCACGAGGCGCUAGAAGACGAAUGUAUGAGGGCGCUGGAGAUUGCCAAAUGCUUCCGCACAGACAUACACCAGCUCAACUGGGCUCCCAAGAUGGACGUUAUUAUUACUGAGGUGCUUACUGAAAUGUAGAUUUUUCUAGAAUAAAAAUUAUGCUUUUGUAAAGACCACAUGCGAAAUUAAAGAACUUGAAAGC